CUCGGAUUAUAUUGAAUUGCCAAUUUAUGUCCAAGGAUUUUAAAAAGCACAAUGAGGACCCCGAUAUCCGAUAAGAAAGUCGCAAUCGUAACUGGUGCUAGUCGAGGACUGGGAUUGGCCAUUGUCCGCGGUUUGUGCCGGACAUUCCGUGGGCACGUGUAUUUGACAGCUCUCAAUAGUGAAGAAGCCGAAGAUGCGAUUAGCCAGCUUCGAUGGGAAGGACUAGAUCCGAAAUUUUACCAGCUGGAUAUAACCGACAAAUGCCAAGUGGAAAAAUUGGGGGAAUUUCUAAAGAAUUACUACGGAAAUAUUGACAUACUGGUGAAUAACGCAGGGAUAGCAUAUACGUCGAAGGAUGUGGAAUCGUUCAGCACGCAGGCAGCAAUGACGUGCAGGACAAACUUCUACGGCACGCUUCACGUGUGCAAAAUACUUUUCCCGUUACUCAGAUCACAUUCGAGGGUUGUUAACAUCUCAAGCAAUGUCGCCAAAAUAGCAAUGGCGAUGUGCAGUGACCAAGUGAGAGAUCGGUUGACAGACUCCAAUCUUACGAUGACAGAGCUUCAACAGCUGAUCCACAGUUACGUCAAAGCCACAGAGUCUGGUACACAGGUAGAGGAGGGAUGGCCUAUCACUCCGUAUGCUGUGUCUAAAAUAGGGAUCACAGUAAUGACCUUCAUUCAACAACGAGAGUUCCACCAGAACAUCCGGUCGGACAUCCGGUCGGACAUAGUAGUUAAUGCCUGUUGUCCUGGAUUUAUAAGCACAGCCAUGACGCGCCACCGAGGGACAGCAUCACCUGAUCAGGGUGCUGACACGCCCCUGUUCCUCGCGAACCUUCCAAUGGAAACAACGAGCCCCUGUGGCGAUUACGUCAUGAACAGGGAGGUCCAGUCCUGGGGCUAGUUUGUAUUCUCUCUUUGCUGCCUUGUUCUCUUGUUUUCAGAGAAGACAACGACGAGGGAUCAUCUGAUACGCAUCGUGUUUGUUUCCAUAAACUUAAAGACAUCGGAUAGAAGAUAAAGGUUUUAGUCGACUCUUACGACUAAUUUCUCGAAAUCCCGGGUCAUAGGGAUGACAUACGGUUAACCCGAAGUGUUGCGGGUUCGAGUCACGGCACGACACUGUGUUGUAUCUUUGAGCAAGAUACUUUACUCCGCUUGUUCCAGUCUACUCAGCUGUAAAUGAGUACGUGUUUGGGCUUUCAGCAUUAUACUUACGUUUCCGACACUAUCGCUAGCUCACUAUAACGAGCUGAUCUGUUUGGUAGCAAAUCAACCCUAGUACUCGAUGUGGUGACAUUUAAGAUUCCAAAAAUCAUUGGAUCAACACGACUUUUUUUGUCAUCAAAUAGUAGAGCUUGAUGAUAAAUCAAUAUUGGACAUGAACAUAGUUUAUACAAGUAUUUACUUUGUAUAAAAAUAAAUACACAGGCAGUGAUCUUAAGACACAAAAGUCUUCCACGACGGCCGGAAAGCCUCGGUCUGACCCGAAUUCUGCACCCGAGGGUAGACUAUCCAUAUCCCAUAUAACUACAUAAUUAUAUCACAUUCUAUUCAUCUUGUAACUUCACGUGCGAUGAUAUAUGCAGGAUACAGUAUACAUUUUAGAGUAACCAA